AUGACUAUGAACAAGCUUGAUAAUGAAGGUCACGAGGCUCAACACCUCGAUGUUUCUCGCUCGGCGCUCACCCAUAUUAUCAUUGGUGUUAUCGCGGCUACAAAAGUGUCUGAAGCAUCAUGGCAACUGAUCCAUCUCGCACUUGGUGUCUCAGUGCUGCGUCACAAGGCCAGACAGGGCCAGCCUAUUGAUGGCGCCGACCUAGACUUGGUAUGGGGACUUGUCAGAGACGCAGUUACCGACCCAGUCCUUGCGCCACUUCUACCGGGCGCGUCCCGUAGUGCACAAGGCUUCCUCAGCGUUCCUCUUUGCAGCCUCAUCAAAGACAAUAGGAUUGACGAGCUUUGGCGACUGCACGUUUGGCUGCCGGAUGGUCACAGAGGAAACCGUGACUUUGCUAUCCAUUCACACCAACCUUUUGCUCAAAGCUGGAUUCUUGCGGGUGAAGGCCGCGAUCACCAAUAUGCGGUUACAGAACCGGAAGCCAAAGGUGCGCUGGACACGCCAUAUGCCCAAUACAGGAUCGCCUGGAGCGGCACAGGGAAAGGUCACGGGACAGCCUAUGUGCCACAUCAGUCUUACUCCAUCGUCGAGAAUACCGGGAAGAUUGUUCACAUCAAGCAGGUUGAGACUGCGCUUCAUACUCGCGAUAUGAGCUACACUGUUGGAGCCGGUGUACUCCACAGAACCAAAGUGCCAGCGGAUACCUUGCAUGCGACUCUCUUCUACUUUGAUUCCAGCCGAGGAUUCAUACAAGACGCGCCAGUGCUUGGGCCUGCGGAUGGAGAAUCUUACAAACAAUAUCGGGACGUGGGUAGCCAGCCACCUUCGUCGCUCGCCAACAUGGUGGAGGUAGUCCGCUCCUUUGAGAGACUGAUGGGAGAAGGACAGCAAUGUAUGCAUAGCGUAAAUCUGGAAUUGGCGCUGCGUAACUUCAACAGUGCGCUUGCUCUUUGCGAAUCAGGGGCUGCUUCCGGUGCCGUCCCGGACGGUGACCGUUACAAACAGUUGGUUUUUACCAAACUCGGUGGUACAUACAGACGCCUUGGCAAGUAUGAGCAGGCAAAAGACUUGCUCGAGCAAGCAAUGGCCAUGUCGGCCUCAAGUGAGCUGCGCAUCGAAGCCAGUGGCGAGCUUGGCGUUAUCUAUCGGCACAUGGACCUGAUGGAUGAUGCAAAGCGUGUGCUUCGGGUUCAGUAUGAAACAGCAAAGGAGUUUUAG